AUCCCACAAAACUCGCUCAUUUUUGUGUUUCAACAUUUUCUAAUUUUUGCAUGCAUGCAUGCCAUCAUCUUUCUCUGCAAAGAAACAAAGAAAGAAAAGAAAGAAAGAGCCACAAACAAACCCUUCAAUUUGUGAAAUCUGGAUUUUACGGUGGCGGCGAUUCGUUUCUUCCACAUUCUUCAUUCUUUUCUCAAACCUCCUGACCUUCUUUUCCAUCUUCAAUCAUUUUGUUGUUCCUCUACUUCUUGAGGGUCCACCUGGACCCGCAAUUCAUCUAUGGGACCAUUUAGUGGAAUAAAACAAGAUUUCAAUGGAAGACGUGAAGUUUAUAAACAAGAUUGGACUUGUGCAGUCUCUACUGGCCUUAGAAUAUUUGCCCCAACUUUCUACAUAUUUUUUGCUUCUGCACUUCCUGUUAUUGCUUUUGGAGAGCAACUUAAUAGAGAUACAGAUGGAACUUUGAGCACAGUUGAAACAUUGACAUCUACGGCUAUGUGUGGAAUUAUCCAUUCGAUAUUUGGUGGUCAACCUUUGUUGAUUUUAGGAGUUGCUGAACCAACUGUUAUCAUGUAUACCAUUCUAUACAGUUUUUGCUCAAGAAGACCAGAAUUAGGUCCCAAGCUGUUUUUGGCUUGGGCUGGUUGGGUUUGUGUCUGGACAUCAUUCUUGUUGAUUCUGCUUGCGGUUUUCAAUGCGUGUACAAUUAUCAGUAGGUUUACUAGGCUUGCAGAGGAAUUAUUUGGCACGCUAAUUACUGUGCUUUUCUUUCAAGAGGCUGUAGAGGGACUCAUAAGUGAGUUCAAGAUACCAAAGGAUGCAAAUCCCUCGUUAGAGGAAUAUCAAUUCCAUUGGCGGUAUACAAAUGGAUUACUUUCAAUCAUUUUCUUUUUUGGGUUACUUUUCACUGCCAUCCUAAGCAGAAGAGCAAGAAAAUGGCGAUAUGGAACAGGGUGGAUACGAGGUAUCAUUGCAGAUUAUGGAGUUCCACUGAUGGUAGUGUUUUGGACUAUACUAUCUUAUACCGUACCUAGCAAAGUUCCAUCUGAUGUUCCUAGAAGAUUGUUUUGUAAACUGCCUUGGGAAGCUGCAUCUCUCUACCACUGGACAGUAGUUAAGGAUAUGGGAAAGGUACCGUUGCCAUUUAUCUUUGGAGCAUUUAUUCCAGCAGUGAUGAUAGCAGGUUUAUACUUUUUCGAUCAUAGUGUAGCUUCAAAGUUGGCUCAACAGAAGGACUUUAACCUUCAAAAACCAUCUGCUUACCACUAUGAUAUUUUACUUCUUGGAAUAAUGACGUUUAUUUGCGGUAUUCUUGGUCUUCCUCCAGCAAAUGGAGUCCUUCCUCAGUCCCCUAUGCAUACAAAGAGUUUAGCAAUUCUUAGGAGGCAGAUGAUCCGAAAGAAGGUGGUGAAGAGUGCUAAGGAAUGCAUUAGGCAACAAGGAAGUACCUCUGAGUUAUACGGAACGAUGCGAGCUGUGUUUAUAGAAAUGGAUGCCGCACCUACCGUUAAAGAGUUGGAAUGUCUGAAGGAAGCUGUAAUGAAAACUAAUGAAAAGAGUGGUACAAAGGAAAAAUUUGAUCCUAUUAAACAUAUAGAUGCUUAUUUGCCUGUUAGAGUUAAUGAGCAAAGAAUGAGCAACUUAUUGCAGUCUCUACUUGUUGCUCUAUCACUUUUAGCUAUUUCUAUCAUCAGAAAGAUACCUAGCUCAGUUCUUUGGGGAUAUUUUGCUUAUAUGGCAAUUGAUAGUCUUUAUGGGAAUCAAUUCUGGGAAAGGUUAUUGCUUCUCUUCAUCACCCCAAAAAGGCACUACAAAAUUUUGGAAGGCUCUCAUGCCUCAUUUUUUGAGUCAGUACCAUACCAGAUAAUAGCUGCAUUUACAGGUUUACAGUUUCUAUAUUUUGUAAUCUGUUAUGGUUUGACAUGGAUACCUAUUGGUGGAAUAUUGUUUCCAUUACCUUUCUUCCUUCUCAUAACUAUAAGAGAGAAAUUGCUUCCAAGAUUAUUCAAGGCAAAUCAUCUUCAGGAAUUAGAUGCUUCUGAGUAUGAGGAAAUUAUUGGUGCUCCACUCGGACCCUAUAAUAUACCACUACUAGAAAACGAUGGACUAGCUAGUUCCGACAAUCAUGAUACUUCAGAAGAAGAUUAUUAUGAUGCAGAGAUAUUGGAUGAGAUGACAACUUUUAGGGGAGAAUUGAAAUUUAGAACAGUGAACCAAAAUGAUAAUAGCAGAAGCUUCAACCGUAGCUUCACUUAUGGUUUCAAUGAAGACAGACACGUUCAGGUUUACCCUGAAUAUCAAUAAUCUAUCCGAACAUGAUGAAGUCUCUCUCCUUUCGCCUUUUGUUAGAAUGUAGACAAGGCCUGUAUAUAUGUAUGUAUAAGAUCCUCUUGAAUGUCAUGCUCAAGAUUGUUGUAAUGUCGGUUAAGGUCCGAGACAAUGACAACCAAUUUUGUGUGGAUGAAGAAGAUAUUCGAUCGAGGAAAAGAAGAAAUCACUUUAACUUUGAAAGAAUAGGAUACAACUUUAGAGCACUCUCUCUUAUUUUGUAAUUUUUCCAACACUUGUUCUUUUAGAGGAUUUGUAAGAACAAUAUUUACUAAGCAGUAUUUAGAUCAUAGCAUUUAACAUGGUGCAAUAGUACACCUACAAAGGACUAACUUCUAGUUUUGUACAAAUUUCUUUGUAUUUAACUUAGAUGAAAUUCAGUCUCUUAUUUGUAUAAUACCUAAUGUAUUUAAUUUAAAGUGAUAGAAUCCUCUCUUUAUUUGGUCUCUUUUUA